AUGGAGCAAAAAUCACCCAAGGAUGACAGCACGGCCAAGGGACAAGAGUCUCUGUCGUACCAGCGGAGGAUGUGGAAGAAUUUCCAAGUGAAAACCAAGCCAUGGCUCAGUCCGAAACUGGGGUCGGAGCGUCGCGGUGCCGGGGGCGCGGAGGGUACCAAAAAGGAAUCGGGGUUGUGGAUGUUUAAGAGGAAAAAGAAACAAUUGGACCGGGUAUUUUCGUCGUCUCAGCCGAACCUCUGCUCUACGCCGGCGCCUUUUGAAGGAGAUAAGCCCCUUGGAGGCGACGCUGUCCCUGGCACCAGCAGCGACGGUCAGCCUCUGCUACAGAGCCUUGGAGCAGCUUCUGGCUCCACGGGGAGCAAACCGGAGCUGACGGGGCACGGUAGCCCCAAACUGCCCGUAUCCCAGCUGAUCAUGUACCAGCAGAAGAGCUCCUCUCUCGGCUCGGCGUGCUUCGAGAAGCUGGUGGUGGACCCGGCCGCGGGGAUAGGAGAGGAGGAGCAGCUGCGUAAAAACGCAAGUGAUUCUGGCAUCAACAUAGUGGGGCCCAGUAAUGCAGAGCCCCUGCCUCAACCUCCUAGUCCCGCCAUGUACCAGCUGGAUAUUGUCUUAAAGAAAGGGAAAAACCUUGCCAUCCGAGAUCGAACAGGGACCAGUGACCCAUAUGUGAAGUUUAAGAUUGCAGGGAAGGAGGUGUUCAGGAGCAAAACCAUCCAUAAGAACCUCAACCCAGUGUGGGACGAGAGAGUCAGCCUUCUAGUGGAAACCCUGAGGGACCCGCUGUAUGUCAAGGUCUUUGACUAUGACUUUGGACUUCAGGAUGAUUUCAUGGGCUCAGCAUACCUCCAUCUGGAGUCACUGGAACAUCAGAGGACACUGGAUGUGACACUGGACCUGAAGGACCCACAGUACCCUGAACAUAACCUGGGCAGCCUGGAACUAGCUGUGACUCUGUCGCCGAAGGAGGGAGACAUGAGGGAUGCUACCAUGCUUUUGAGAAGGAACUGGAAACGAUCUAGUAAGUAUCAGAGUAUGCGUCUGUCAGAUGUGCACAGAAAAGCCCAGCUGUGGCGAGGUAUAGUCAGCAUCAGUCUGAUAGAAGGUCGUGGCCUGCAGCCGAUGGACGCCAACGGCCUCAGUGACCCUUAUGUCAAAUUCAGAAUGGGUCACCAGAAGUACAAGAGCAAGACAAUUCCCAAAACGCUAAACCCGCAGUGGAGAGAACAGUUUGAUUUCCACCUGUAUGAGGAGCAAGGAGGCUACGUGGACAUCACAGUCUGGGACAAAGAUGCUGGAAAGAAGGAUGACUUUAUGGGAAGGUGUACCAUCGACUUGUCGCUUCUCAGUAAAGAGCACACGCACAAGUUGGACCUGCCACUGGAAGAAGGCGAAGGUGUGCUGGUGCUGCUAGUUACACUCACUGCUUCCGCCGCUGUUUCCAUCUCAGACCUGUCAGUCAACAUGCUGGAUGACCCUCACGAGAGACACCAAAUCACACAGAGAUAUAGCCUCUGGAGGUCGCUCCAUAACCUGAAAGAUGUCGGUGUGGUGCAGGUUAAGGUCAUCAGGGCUGAGGGACUAAUGGCAGCUGAUGUCACAGGUAAGAGCGACCCAUUCUGCGUGGUGGAGCUAAGUAACGAUCGGCUGCAGACGCACACUGUCUACAAAAACCUUAACCCUGAGUGGAACAAGGUCUUCACUUUCAACGUGAAGGACAUCCACUCAGUACUUGAGGUCACUGUUUACGACGAGGACCGAGACAGAAGUGCAGACUUCCUGGGGAAAGUGGCUAUUCCUUUACUAAAUAUCCAAAAUGGAGAACGCAAAGCCUACGCCUUGAAAAGCAAGGAGCUGACAGGGCCAACAAAAGGGGUCAUCUUUCUCGAAAUAGACGUGAUUUUUAAUGCUGUGAAGGCAGGUCUCAGGACGUUGAUUCCCAUUGAGCAGAAGUAUAUUGAGGAGGAGCCCAGAGUGUCCAAACAGUUGCUAUUGCGCAAUUUCAACCGAGUUAGACGCUGCAUCAUGUUCCUGAUCAACACAGGCUGCUACAUCAACAGCUGUUUCGAAUGGGAGUCUCCACAGAGGAGCAUCUGUGCAUUUGUGCUUUUUGUCAUAGUUGUUUGGAACUUUGAACUCUAUAUGAUUCCCCUGGCUUUGCUGCUGCCCUUGGUCUGGAACUACAUCCUCAUUGCGUCAGGGAAGGAUACCAGGCAAGAUGUGCAAGCCGUGGAGGACCUGCUGGAGGAUGAAGAUGAGGAUUUUGACAAAGAUGACAAGGACCCUAAACCAGACCCCUGGGAGGACACCCCUGAUAAAUACCAUAUCCUCGAGGAUAUGUUGGCUUCCUGGCACUUUGAAUGGAUACGAGCGAUGGUGGACUCGGAGAGAAAGGGCUUCAUGAACAAGCUUUAUGCCAUUCAGGACGUGUGCAUCAGCGUGCAGAAUGCACUGGAUGAAGUGGCCUCCUAUGGCGAGCGGAUAAAGAACACAUUUAACUGGACUGUGCCUUUCCUAAGCUGGCUAGCCAUUGUGGCUCUCGGAGUGGCUACCAUUAUCAUCUAUUUCAUCCCGCUCAGAUACAUUGUGUUGGCCUGGGGGGUGAAUAAAUUCACCAAGAAGCUGCGAGACCCUUACACCAUUGAUAACAACGAGCUGCUAGACUUUUUGUCCAGAGUGCCCUCAGAUGUACAAGUGGUGCAGUACCGAGAGCUGAAACUGGAUCCCAAUCCCAGUCCAAAUAAAAGGAAGAAAAACAACCCCGGGUAGAUGACUGUGUCCGCCCACCAACUUCUCUCUUCUCCACUUUUCUUCUCUUGGUCUAUUACUGGACACUGAGGAGCAGAGGAGGACGGCUCUGGAGCAGCUCUGCUCAACUAUCCUUCCAUUUUUUAUUUCCUAUUUCAUUCUCUUAAACUUCUUUUCUGUCUUUAAUUGCUUAGGAUGUACAGUACAGUUUCCUGAAGUGUCAUUUUUUUUGUAUGAGUACAAGAAGCCUCUUGAAUUAAUAUCAUAACCACUAUGCUUUUGAUUUUAAAGGCGAGCAGGAAGGAUGGAUGGAAUGACCUUUAUAUCAGCCGUGUGAGCCGCUCUCCUCAUUUCUUGUCUCCAUCCUUCUGACAGCGCCGAGGACUCUGUGUAGUUGCUUGCCGCAAGUGUCACACAAUUAGUAAAAUGAGUUUAACAUUUAUUCUAACUUCAAAAAAUGACAUGUUUGGGUGCAUUCAUGUGAAUCAAAAAUACAAGCCUUAUGCUAUCAUCCUGCAUUAUCUCUCUGCAAUAGAUUAUUAUUUUUUUUUAGCUCAUGUUUUUAUUAAAUGAUUUUGGUAAUAUGUUUAUAUUUUCUAAUUGAUUUUGUACUGAAGUAUCUUUUGUUUUCUUCCAAUCUUGGAUGUGGUAAUGAUGUUAUGUUCACUGGCAGUAAUUUGGAUUGUCUCCACUUAACUCAGCCAGCCAAGUUGAUUAGCAAUUAUGGUGGUAGCCUCCAGAUAUGUCCUUCUACACAAACACAAAUCUGGACCAACAGGCUGAAGGCUUGUGUUGGUAUCUGUCUGUGCUUUAUUACAAUGGCCAAAUUUGCUAUUUUUUCCAAAUCGAAGGAAAAAAAAUCAAGCCACAGUAGUAUCAGCUUAAAGAACAGUCAGUCUCUGCUUCUUAAAAAUAGAUUGUAAUUACAUCAUUUUCAAUAAAUAGUACCC